GAGCCGGGGACCCGCCGCGCCCGCCCCCAGUCCUCCGUCCGCGGGGCCCCGCCGCGGUCACGUGAAGGGCCGAGCGGAGCGCGCCGAGCCCAGGCCUGCUGCCGCCCGAGGGCAGAGUCCGCUGCCCGCGGCCCCGACGCUCCCACAUCCUCGCCCCACGCGCCGACGCUGCGAUGACCGGGGCCCACCGAGCCGCUCGGCUGUAUCGCCCACACCCGUCGUCCCCCGAGGAGCCGCCUGCCCCGGAGGACCAGGACCUUCUCCUGGCAGCUGCCUAUGUUUCUGAUGCUCAGUACAACAGAAACGUUCCAUUUGAAACAUCCCCUCAGGCUGUCAGGCUUUACCACUUCUAUAACCACUGGACAACGCGGGCGGUCACCUACUUCUUCAUCUGGGUGGACCUCGCUCUCGCCCUCUUCGAGGAACCGGCCUUGUUCCCGCUCCCUUUCUUGGCUACCUCGAUAGCAGAAGUACUCUGUCUGACUGCAUUCUCUGGGAGACUUGUACACUUUGCGAAAGUCACUCCUCAGAUGGUUUUCUGGAAGGAUACGAAAAACAUCUGCAUCGUGGUAACCAUAGUGCUGACCUUGAUUGAUCUGAUUACCUAUGGGUCCCUGGAGGCUGUUAACAUCCACGGAGUUCGAUGGUCAAGGGCCUUGAGGCCAGUCUUCCUAAUUAAUUUCCCUGAAAGUCGUCAGAUCAGAAGGGCUUUUCGAAGCAUCCGGAACACUCUGCCUGAUAUUCUCUACGUCUUCCUGUUGUUCAUCUUCAGCAUGUUGAUAUUCUCCCUCAUGGCCUUGAAGCUUUUCGGGGAUAGGGGUCUCAAAACAGUGGAAGGAUUGCCCUAUUUCACCAACAUCCUGGACAUAGCAUUUGAGCUCUACGUGCUGGUCACCACCGCAAACAGCCCUGAUGUCAUGAUGCCUGCCUAUGAGUUCAACUGGUGGUAUUCUCUGUACUUUAUAACCUACAUCAUCAUCAACACCUACAUCUUCAUGUCCGUCUUUCUGGCCGUGGUCUACAACAAUUAUAGAAAGCACUUAAAGAAUGAGAUUCGCACACUGGCAUACCUGAAGCGUCACAAAAUGAUAGAGGCUUUCAACAUUCUGAAAGUCAAGGUGGGCACAGAGUUUGUGGUGAAGGAGGCCCAGUGGAGGCAGCUGGCCAAGAUCGUGGCGCCAGACAUCAGCAGUUCCCACCUGGAGCUCCUUUUGAGGAUCUCCGACGAGGGACAGAGGGGUUAUGUGGACAAAAUGAACUUUCUGCGCUUGGCUGACCUCCUCAACAUCCAGGUGGUCACCAUCAACAUCAAGAGACACCCCCUGGAAGCCUGGUUGCCUCGAGUAUACCAGUCAUCCCCAAGCCUCUUGGUUCAGAAGAUGGUUCGUCACAGGAUUUUUGUCUGGGUUUAUGAUGUCAUCAUUCUAAUAAAUGCCAUAUUCAUUGCUUUGGAUGAGAAAAACCCCUUAAUUUCCUAUGCAGAAUGGCUUUUCCUUUCUCUCUAUAUCAUUGAAAUUCUCCUGAAAUUGUACACCUACGAACCCAGAGCCUAUUUUGGAAGGAAGCAGUUCUGGAACUGGUUUGAUACGCUGAUCAUCGUCGCAGCCCUGGUGGCCACCGUGACCAACACCACCAUUCAGUCAGCGAGAAAAUACAACAGUCAGCAGAUACUGGAUAUUGUCUUGAUUUUGAGAAUACUCCGGCUCUUACGGAUCAUUGUCAGCAUUCAGAGAUUCCGGGUGAUCGUGACCACCUUAAUUAACAUCGGCCCCACCAUGCUGGCGUUUGGAGGUCUGGUCUUGGUGGUCUACUACGUGUUUGCCAUCAUCGGGAUGGAAGUGUUCCACGGCAAAGUCCACUUCUUUGACCCCAGUUCCACCAGUCCUGAUGCCCUGGUGUGUGGGAACCCAGCCUUAAAAGACUCAGCGUUUGCCCGAGGCAGAUACUGCAGGAACAAUUUCAAUGACUUGGCUGCCUCUCUCAUCCUGCUGACCGAGCUCACUGUGGUUAACCAGUGGCACGUCCUCGCAGAUGGCUUUGCCCUCGUGACUCACCAGGCGGCAAAGCUGUAUUUCAUCAGCUUCCACGUCGUGGUCGUCAUCCUCAUUGUUAAUAUUUUCAUAGCAUUCAUCUUGGAAGCGUUUUUUGUGGCAUAUUCGUUAGAAAAAAGUGAAGUGGAAACUGCCAUUGAGAAGAAGAUUCAAGAGCUUGGAGUCGGGGUCCAAGAGGAAGAAGUGCAGGAUGGGAAGCUCAUUGACAAUGUGGACGCCAAGGACAGUGGCUUCAGUGGGGACGACGGAGACAACAAAAGGAAGGCCUUGAAAGGACUGUACUUUAGAAUUGCAUCAAAAAAGUACAAGACCGUGGAUGCUUUGCUGCAGCAGAUGUUUGAGUCUGAAAUAGCUCCAGAGGAUGAAGGCCCUUCCUUGGAGGAGAUUCUCAACUUCUCACCCAGUGACAUACAUCCCAAGAAUCCCAGUUUUGAAAACAGUGCCUGACCCUGGGCCUGUAAGGGCCAUAGGCAUCCACAACUGGAAACCAAGAUAAGCUGUCGUCACUGUUUGCAGAUGCUACCUAGAGGUUACUUUCCCAGCCCAGGUUCUCUUCUGUGUUCUGAUAAGACUGUGAAUCGGCCUCCCCUGCCCUGAGUGGUCGGCUCUGUGUGCUCUCCUGAGGUCGUGCUUAGGGCUGAUCAUAGAAGUGAGGAGAGGAAAACCUACAAGGAGACUGUGGCGAGGACUUACCAUACAAGUGUUCGUACGUGUGUAAAUCCUCUCAGUGGGCAUAUAAAAGCUUUCAUUUAUUUUUAUAUGAUAUUUUGCUACUUUAUUAAAUGAAUACUGUGCUACUUACAUAAAUGAAUUCAAAAUAUCUUAAUAUGCUAAAGGAACAUGUUCUAGUACAGUAGCUUUUGAUGCAGUGUUUAUUCGAAAUGAAGAAAAAUAUGAAUGUGAAGAUCAAAUUCUGUCACAAUUGAUUCUUUUUUGGGGGAGGCUCUCAAAGUUUCUUCUGUUUUAUGUUUUGGUUUUUUGGCCAUGAGGCAUGUGGGAUCUUAGCUCCCCGACCAGGGAUCGAACCCACACCCCCUUCCUUGGAAGUGCGGAGUCUUAACCACUGGACCACCUGGGAAGUCCCUCAAAGUUUCUUUAAUUAAAUUACAAUUAUAGCAAGAUUUUGAGUAAGUUGCUCCCUGAGGUCACUUUCCCCAGCUGGAAAUCUCUCAGUACAGCGACCUACUCCUGGGAAAUUAAAGGGAUUUAUUUCAUUUUAUUUUAUUCUAUUUUCUUUAAAACGUUUCAUUGUGGUAAAAUAUACAACAUAAAAUUUACCAUUGUAACUAUUUCUGAGUGUACAGUUCAGUAGUCUUAUGUACAGUCACAUUUUAGGAACACUCAGCAGACUUCCAGGGCUUUUCAUCACCCCAGAUGAAGCUCUGUACCAUUAAACAGUAACUCCCUAACCCCCACUCCUUCCAGCUCCAGGCGGCCACCAUUCUACUUUCUGUCCCUAUGAAUUUGGCUACCCCUGAUCACAACUGCAUUGUGAGCAAGUGAAUCCUUUCCAGAGUUUUCAGGGUAGGUAGGACUCUGUCUUCAGCACCUCGUCGCAGCUCCUACCCUGAGCAGGGGAAUCGGGGUGGGAACCAAGGCUUCCUGACCUGAGGGCUCUGAAUGCAGUGAGGCCGAGUCCCGUGUCAUGUCAUGUCUCACCUGUCAGCAUGGCAACCGAACCUGGCCUGGGAGGGCCCUUUCCUUGGUCUGAGGGCGACCUCUGGUGUCGGAGCAAAGCGGAGGCUUCACGGCUGGGACUUUGGGGCCAGGCUGGUUUCAUGCCUGACUCCCCACUGACCAUGCCACCUAAGCUCUCUGGGCCGUACUUCCACACCUGCAAACUCAGGGCAGAUGGCACCUCCCUCCGAGGAUCGUGUGGAGUGGGGAGGAGGAGGGUGGGGGUGGGGAUGCUGACCAGGCUGUUCCAGAUGGCGCUUCCUGGUUUGAAACCUGGAAGGCUGGUGUUUGGUGUGAGGCUUUGGGAUUCCAUCACCACCACGAUUCCCAGGAGGUGGGAGCCUUGCUGACCCGUCUGAUGGGAUUUGUGGAGUCCUGCCAUCCAUCCAGACCUCUCUUAUUUCUUUGUGUAUUUAACAUUUAUCAUUAUAUAAAGGAUUAAGGCUAAAUAUGCUGAGUGACAACUUAAUGUUUUUAAUUUGAAAAUAUGA